AUGGGAUCAUUAGGAACCCAUUUCACAUCAUUCCUCUUUCUCUUCCCUCUCGGCGUCCGGCGCCUCGUAUCCUCUUUCUCGAUCUACCUCAACAACCCAUCGCUCUAUCGAUCCAAAACAUGGCCACCCGACUUACAAGUUCUCCUUCUUGCAGCAAUCUGUAGUCGUUUUCCUUUUCUGGACUUUUUGUUGUCUUCUGGGCUUGUUUUGAAGGGUACUUGGGUUUUGCAAGUUGGAUUAUCGUUGUACACAGAUGCUUUUGCGUUUAAGGGGUGUGGUAAAGUGGUGAUUGCUCCAUCUCAGGGUCAGGGGAAUACUGAUGUCAAAUGUGACCUUGAAGAGGAUAAAUUGAGGGGUAUGGCGUUGAUGAAUUUGUUGUUUGUUGUGCAUUCAAUUAUGGUGUUGAUAAUGUGCUUUGUUCUAUUGGGAUUAUUGAGUCGUAACAAGGUGAGGCCAGGUGAUCCUCCCAUCAUGGCUCAACUUGAUUCUGAUAGGAUGCUUAUGCACCCUCUUCCUGCCCUUGAGAUGGAAUGA